AUGACCCCUAAAGGCCGCACGGAUGACGGUAUGAAGGGUACUCCCCGCGUCGACAGCCACAAACCGCCUCCCCAUGAAAACACCGGACUCAUAGCACAUCGAGGUCACAACCACUAUAAUCGGAGGGGGAUCGUGGACGCUAGUUGAGCUCUUUCUAGAAGGUGGCUGGGGUCCCCUUGGGCGCCCCGUUCACUGCUCGACAAACACUAAAGCUGGCACGGACUGCUCCCCGCCCCCCAGGCUGCCAGGCCUCUUGUCUGUUUCCUGGAUAUUUAACCCUGGUUUCCUCGUCGCUUCAAAGAUGAAAGUGUCAGCAUGGUCAGUGAAGGAAGUCACCGACUGGUUGGUCAAAGAAGGGAUGCCUGAGUAUCUGGAAGCCCUGCGUCAGACGGACGGCCCCGCUUUGCUCAGACUCACCGAAGCAGAUUUCCAGCAGCCGCCCCUCUCCUUGUUGUCGUCGGAUGGCGGGCAGCAGUUGCUGUCGCAGCUGGAGACCCUGCGGAUGGAGAACCACAUGGAGGCCCAUAAAAACGGCCACGCGAACGGACAUGCCGGUGGCCUGCCCAAUGGAACUGUUAAGCCCUACAGGAACGGCACCACGGAGAUGGUCCAGAUUCCUAUCCCAUCAAGUGAAACUCCGCGCUCCCCUUUCCCUUCAGAGUGUGGCAAAACUAGCAUAGCGUUCCUCUAUGCGGUGGUGUGUUUCGUAUCCACCACCAUUGUAAUUUCAGUGGUCCACGAGAGAGUACCCCCGAAAGAACACACCCCACCUCUGCCAGACAAGUUCUUUGACCUCUUCAACAGGAUAGAGUGGGCCUUCUCCAUCUGUGAGGUCAACGGAAUUGUGCUGGUGGGACUGUGGCUGGUUCAGUGGCUCCUCCUCAAACACAGGUCCAUAGUGGGCAGGCGCUUCUUUUUUAUCGUGGGCACACUCUACCUGUACCGCUGUAUUACAAUGUACAUCACCACUCUGCCUGUUCCUGGGAUGCACUUCAAAUGCUCUCCAAAGCUUCAGGGGAACUGGGAAGGUCACGUGAGCAGAGUGAUGAAGAUGAUUGCCGGCGGAGGUCUGUCCAUCACCGGGUCUCACACCAUGUGUGGAGAUUAUCUGUACAGUGGCCACACGGUCAUGCUAACCCUGACAUACCUCUUCAUCAAGGAGUACUCCCCCCGCCGGUUCUGGGUCUACCACUGGAUUUGCUGGACCUUGAGUGCGGUUGGAAUCUUCUGCGUCCUCCUGGCUCACGACCACUACACCGUGGACGUGGCUGUGGCUUAUUUCAUAACAACACGCCUCUUCUGGUGGUACCACACCAUGGCCAACCAGGAGUCGCUGAAAAAGAAGUCAGAGAGUAACCUCUUCUCGCGUGUGUGGUGGUACAGACUGUUUGAGUAUUUCGAGGAGAAUGUCAGUGGCGUAGUCCCUCGCAGGUAUCAGCUGCCACUGUCCUUGCAAUUGCUGUGGAACCGCUGCUGGAGGUACAGAGUGUUGGACAGUCUGUGACCCUGGUGUCAGUCGGACCCGGACUUCCAAAAGUGCUGUUUUUAUACCACGGGUCGGGGGGGGAAAAGGCACCAUUCAAUGUAGCGCUGUCCUGUCUCCUGUAGUGACAGAUUUCUAUCUCUCCAGUUGGGUAACACUGUGACCCAGGUAGAUCCGUUUCCCUUCACUGUCAGCGCAGAGCAGUUAAUACUCUUUGCUUGUGUGUAUUUUCUCUCUCUGUGGGCUCGAGGGUUUCUGCUGUUGGAGCAGAGUGUCAAGCAUUUAAACUCCUCUCUGCACAAAACGUCUCCAUGUCAGAGUUAAUUUCCCACUGACUCAUGUCAAUCAUAUUUAAUAACCAAAAUGCCAUAAGCAUUUUCUUUCUCUUUUUGUAUAAAAGAUUGCAUUUUUGUAAAUUUUUCCUUGCAAAGGGAGAAAAUAAAAGACAAAAAUAAAAUAGGAUUUUUACGCAAAACUUUAUUUUUCAAAAUUAAAUGAUGUCCAAUGGGGAAAAAAAUAUUUUUAGAUUUUUACCUUUCCAAGAUGGAUAACUUGAGAGCAUAAUCGUCUGAUAGUGCCUUUACUUAGCUUGAUUGUAAAACAGUCUGGUCUCCUGCCCGUCACCGGCGCCGCGGCUGCCAUCACAGCGCGCCGCCUGGUGUCGCUUAGUUGUGUCUCGUUCCCAUGAAUGUACAAACAAAAUGCCAGCCUUACCUAGAAGAUUGGUCUUCCCGAAAAUCAUCACAGUUUCUGAAGCUCGAUGAUGUCAUCCUGUCGUGGUCGGUUUACAACUUUCGGACUGUUAUUUACGACGGCACACUAGAGACAUUGAAGAAAAGGGUGGCAAGUGGGUCGUUGUUCAAGUUUAAAACUGGAUUUUUAGGUCUAAAAUUGAAGCGCUGACCUCAAGAUGUCAGUAUAGGAGUACACAAGUGUCUGGGUGCCUUUUCAGCAACCACACUGAAGAUGUUUUUUGACCUCAAAUGCCUUACAUUCAAAGAACUGCAUCUUGGUCACAAUUUUCAAGUUUCCCCUUUCAUAAAUUUGUUAUUCAUUGAAGAUGGUUGAAUCAUGAAAUGUGUGUUUUCAUUGCCUCUCCAUUUAAUAUUUGACCGGCAAGGCCGGUUGCAAGGUUCUGAACAGAAUUGCUGACUUUAAACGCCUCAUUUUUAAGAUACAAAAAAAUAACAGAAAUUGUGUUUAAUCAUAAAUAUUUGCAUUAAAUUUCAGUUUUACUCUCAGAAAUGAUCCAUUUGCCACCCGUCAUUUCUCAGUGUUCAAUGGCACUAAAGAACUGUUGUCGUUGUUUCUAUUUUUUUUUUUUUUUUUCGUUUUUGUUUCAAAUGACUUCAUUUUACCAGCCAGUCUCGAAAACUACCAGCCACGUUCAAAGUCCUCACCAACUCUCCCAGUGUUUGGGAAGACUGAAGUCCCAGACAUUUCACUUGUGUCCCGGUGAUCAAGCGAGCUGAGUCAGAAAAAAAGUUAGGGAAUGUCCUCGGAUGUGAGCGCAGGUAUCCGGGCCAAAGUUUCAGAUACGUACCAAAUCAAGCUGCUACUUUUCAUGGUGUAAUAUACAGUAUAUACAUAUAUAUUUUUUCUCGGAUUACUUUCACAUAAAUGAGGAGAAGCAGUCGGUGCACAAUGCAAAUAGAAUGUUCUUGGAGAGCGAUCCCCGCACCGUGACUUGGACUGAAGAGCACCAAUGUGAGUUUACUCCAGGUCUAAUUUCAAAGUGAGAAACGCUUCAGUCGUCCAGUCAUUUCACAGACGGAAGAGCACAAAGGAAUCCUCACAGUCGGCCAUAUUUGAAUAUCUAAUUCCAUUUACUGACCGUGAUGUGGGGCUAUGAAGGUAUGAGUUUUGGUUUGCCAAUCACGUUGUAAUUUAUUGUUAUUCUUUUUUAUGGUUCUCAUGUUUGUAUGUAUGUAUGUAUGUGUGUAGUAACCUCCUACCUAAGUUUGUUCCCGAUGUUUGUAAGAUAUGAUAAAGGAUGCUAUGUGGGGUUCUUUUGAAUAAAAAUAUUUUA